AUGCUCCAUGCGGAUCCCUCGUUCGAAAGGGUCCCCGGAACGCUCGCCUGCUUUCGGAAAAAAGAGUACGACAAGACCCUGUACGCCGAAUGCAGCUAUGUGAGCCAGCGCACGCUGCUCAAGUGCAACAACGUCACGCCACGCGAGAUUUUGGCCAAGAACAAGGGCAUCUGCGAGGAGCACAAGCUCCAGUCGCAGUUCAUAGGCAAGAAUUAUCAAGAGGAGCUGCUCCGCUAUGAGAAUGACCCAUCCGAACGUCUGACCUAUAAGCCCUUCAAUCGAUAUGGCAAUGUCGUCAGCGAAGAAGACCCGGCUUUGGCCUCGACGGUGUCGGUCUCGCUCGAUCGCUCGGCACGCAACAUUAUAUCCUCACUUCCGGCCAACCAUCCGCUCAAAAGUGCUGGCGCUUACACCGAGUCCGACUUGAUCCGAAUGCAACUGUCUGAAGUGGAGGCGGCCAUCGAAUCUGCACAACUGUUAAAAAAAGUGACCGUCGAAAAGCAGCGCCGCCACCUCAACGACAUCAUGAAGGCCAGGCGGAACCGGAUGGCCCACGGCGAUUUCGUCAAGUUGCCCAUCGACUCGCGCUCCAAGGAGCUGCUCAUUGCCGUCGAGCACGUCGUCGAGACUGACCGACGCCCCGUGCGGUUGACCAAGGCAAGAAAGGAGCUUCUAAAGCCACGGCGUCUCUGCCUCUACGGAAAUUACCGCUUUGAAAGCAAAACUCACACAAUCCCGCGCACUAGCGAGGAGGACGUCCGUAGCGUUGUCGUCUCGUUGCUCAACACUGUCUCCCAGCGCAUCGAUUUCAAUUUGUCGGAGGGAUGCCGGGGUGCUGCGCUGCCGGGAAGCCCGUUUUGUAUGCAACAUGUCCGCUUCGACGCGCGCCAAAAGAUCUUCGCGCUGUGCAAGCUGUGCCGCGAGCCGGCCAUCGAUUUCGCCGACGGCCUCUGCAAUCGGCAUCGAAGCGAAAAAGUGGUGCCGAAGCGUGAAUUCCCGAAGCUGAGCUACCACCAGCCGCUGUCGAUCGCGGUCCCUGGUCUACAGCAAAUGCCCGGGCCGUCGGGCGAGAAUUCGUACCUGAAGAAGAUGUUGCCACGGCCGUCGCCAAUGCCCUCACUCAUCGCCAAGCCGUUACCAUAUAAAUCUCAGCAGCAGCAGCCGCCUCGGCCGCAUAUUCAGAUCCCGACGCACUUUGCCGCCACCGACGAGGACUCCAAUUCCACGCCCAGCCCGGCCGCCUUCCAAGCUGGGGACCAAUUCCGGCCGCUCGUCCAGAAGCGGCCCAGCCCCAAGAAGAAGCGAACGGACCAGGACCCCCAAUACUGUGCGCGGACGCGCCCGUUUCAUCCCGAUAACUUUAACACCAAGCAGCCCAGGGCCAAGCCGCAGCCGAAACAAUUGCCACAAAAGCGCACCUACACCGAAAUGCAGCAGGGCAGCAGCAAUGGUGGGCAACCGGGCGAGCAGAGACCGCAGCAGCAUCAUCCCGAGCCGUACGCGUUCGAGGUGAUGCCCGGCGACAACGAGAUCCCGCCACGUUACGCCGCACCCUACGCACCACAACAGCGGCCACAGCCCGGAAAACCACCAUUCGACGGUCAAGCUGUUCGACUGCCGGGCCCACCCCGUCAGCCUGGCCAGGCGCCUCCUCCCGGAUCCUCCGAAUUCCCCUCCCUCAGCCAAAAUCCACCGCGUCCCGUCCAACAACCCCAAUACCAGGGCCCGAUGCCAAAGGGUGCCGUCAUUCAACGCCCACCCCACCAAUCCCUCGUCUACCGCAACCAUCCGGCCGGUCAGGCAGAAGGACAGUUUGUGCCGGGCGGUCCUCCGACUGGACAGCCUCGCUUCCAGCAAUACCGUGUACUCUCGGCGAAUCAACUUCAGCAGCAGCAACGAUAUCCGGUGGAACAACGUCGCCCAAUCUAUCUGGCCGCCCAAGACCCAAAUGCACCACCACAACGUGUCAUUGAAAUGUUGGUGCCUGGGAUGCGCGAAGCCCACCCGUCGCCCCCCUUCCAACCCGACGGCGCUGAUCGUCUUCAGCAGCAACAACAACAGCAAAUGCUAGGCCCAUCAUCACAGCCGCUGCCCGGCCAGCCGAGACCCCAGCCAAACUACGUGCACCUAUCGAUGCCGCAGAAUAACUCGCCGAUGCCGAUCUCACGCCCUUUGUCAACGGGACGCCAGCAAUUCGUCCAGAUCCCCCUGCCAAUUCCGCCGCAUCGGCUGAUGGCCGCCGCCGCCCAGCCCGCGCCGGUGCCACGACUACCAUCGCCUUUGCUGGAGCCGGGCCCGUCGACCAGCGAUGAGGGGCCAAUCCCCGCCCAUCCGUCGAUGGCCAUGACCGAGGUGACGGACGCGUCGACCCGCCCUAGAAUAUCUCCUGUCGCCCCCGAGCACCCGGCUGAAAUUAGGGGACCCGAAAAUAUGGACUGUGACGAUGCCCCGAUCAUCUCACCGCCAACUGUCACCAAGGAGGCGCCGCCGACCCCGCCGAACCCGUUGGACAUGUUGGCGUGCACGGCCCUCUCACAAGUCGCCCAAACUGAUGCAGCCGAACAGCAGGAUGGUGCGUCACCGGAUCACUCGCCCGAAGUC